GUUUGUGUGAGUGUAGCGCCGACUGUCGGGACUCGGGAUGCGUUGAGCGAGUAGACGGACCAAAGGGAGCAACCGGCUGUUGUGGAGAUUAUUUUAUUUCACCUGAAAGCUAACGAAAAGGACACAGGAUUGAUUAAACGGACAUGAAUUUACCGACUGAGAUCAGCUAAAAGCAACAGAACCUGUUCUCCUGGUCCAAAUAGGAAAAGUUAUUAAAAAUAUGAUUCGUCAUUGGCUUUCAUCUGCAUCUCUACAUUAUCCUAUUGGAUCUCGAGUUUGUAUGCUGCUCUCAUCAGACGUUUGGAUGUCAGAACUGCAAGUGUAAGAGAGUCGAAUGCCUAUGAUAGGAGAUAGCAGAAACCACAGUCAGAAGGGAUUGUGAAGGAGUUGAGAGUCUUGACUUGGAGGUUAUGGCAGAGCAUGCCGAGCUGCUAACAGAAAUGGCAACUAACGGACGUCUCUCAGCCACCGAGCGCCUGAAGCAUGCACAGAAGAGACGGGCACAGCAGCUGAAAGGCUGGGCUCAGAUGGAGAAGGACAGUGCCAGUAGUCAAAAGGGCAACCACAAGGGAGAUGGGGUGAAGAAAAGCAAAAGGGUGACCUUCAGCACUAGUGUGACAUUAAUGGAGGCUGCAGCCAGGAAUGACAUAGAAGAGGUACGAGAGUUGCUCAAUAAUGGAGUCAGUCCAAACUUGUUCAACGAGGACGGGCUCACUGCACUUCAUCAGAGCUGCAUAGAUGAUUUUUUGGAUAUAUCACGCUGUCUUCUGGACGCGGGCGCAAAUGUGAAUGCGUGUGACAGUGAGCUGUGGACCCCACUACAUGCGGCAGCCACCUGUGGACACACUGACCUCGUCCAGCUGCUGAUAGAAGCGGGUGCAGAUCUGUUGGCGGUGAAUGCAGAUGGAAACAUGCCGUAUGAUCUGUGUGAAGACGAGGCUACACUUGAGCUCAUAGAGAUGAUCAUGGCAGAGCAGGGGAUUACUCAAGAUAGAAUUGAUGAAUGUCGCGGAGCCAAGGAGAGAGCAAUGUUGUCUGACAUUCAAGAGCUGGUUGCGAGCGGAGCUGAUCUGAAUGUGAAGGACGAGCAGGGGGCCUCUCUGCUGCACAUAGCAGCUGCUAAUGGAUACAUGUCGGUUGGGGAGCUGUUGCUGGAGCACAGAAUAUCUCCUAACGAAAGAGAUGCUGACGGGUGGACGCCGCUUCAUGCUGCUGCCUGCUGGGGACAGAUCCAGAUGGUGGAGCUGCUGGUAGCUAAUGGUGCAAAUUUAAACGCCAAGUCUGAGCUGGAUGAGACGCCUCUGGAUGUGUGCACUGAUGAGGAGGUCCGCACCAAAAUGAUGGAGCUGAAACACAAACACGAUGCCAUCAUGAAGGGUCAGGACAAACACAAAAACACACUGCAGAGACGAGUGUCCAGCACGGGCAGCCGAGGUAAAGUAGUGAGGCGCACCAGUGUGAAUGAGCGCAGCAGUCUGUAUCGCCGAGAGCAUCAGAAGGAAGCCAAAGUGUGGCAGGAGAGAGGAAGACAGACAGAUGCCCUGGAUGAUGAUGAAGACAGACAGACUGAUGCUGAACUGAACCUGCAUGCUGCACUGGUGUCUGGCUCUAAUGCAACCCCUGUUCCUCCAUUAGAGGUCGGCGAGGUGGAAAAUGGAGCUCAAGUUUUGGGGAACGGCAGCACAGCUUCAUUUUCUUCCUCGCGUCCAGGAGAACUCCAAGGCGGGGGUCGCAUGGAUCGCAGUGCCUCCUAUCAGCUCACUCCAGCUUCGACUGCUGCUGGCGGGGACGACAUGAGCAGAGAAAGAUCUCACCACACGCUCGCAGAUCUCAAACGACAGAGAGCAGCAGCUAAACUGCAGAAACAUCCAGCACCUGCUUUACCUCUGUCUGCAGACCCUCAAGAUGUGGUCAUCCCUGAAGGACCCCAGGGACCACUGGAGCCUCCUGAAUCAGUGCAACAGGAUGUGUCCCCCAGUGAGGUCUACUUCACCCAUGCUAGUGGAGAUCCACCUCUACUGAAGCUGCGAGCACCAGAAGAAGACACCGCUAAUACAAAAGAGCCAUGCUGUGGACUCAUGUAGAAAGCAGCGGAUGAACGUGUUUGGUUUCAGAUGAUUGUGCAGUUCUCGUUUACUAGAACACGUGGACAGACUAGAAUUAUGAGGCAGGUACGUGGAAAUUAGUUUUAUGUCCAAGUCACUCUUUUUUUUCUGGCACACAGACUGAGGUAACUGACGUUUUCAACACUAAUGUGAAUGAAAGUACCGAAACAUUUGAUGAAUUUACAUGGAUAUACAAUGUAUAACACAAGAAAUCAGGAAAAAAAGGUGACCGUUUCACGGAUUUAUUGCUUUAUUGUAGUAUUUCAAUCUUUUAAGCUCAUCAUUUUAUUUUAAUUAGUUGGUAUGGUCAUUAAAGUUUCAAAGUAUUGAUUCAGUUGUUCAAUACAUAGAGAAAGAAAAAAAACUGACACUGAGCACUUUACUUGACCAAACUUUCAACAAUCUUCACAACUUUUAUAGAUAUAUAAAUACAUAUAAAAGUAAUCUGAGCACAAAAAAGCACAUUUGAAUUGCACUGAUCAAAAUAAAAUUGUUUUUUUUUUUAACAGUUCUGCUGCAAUCUUACAACUAGCACACUUGCUCUAGUUUUUCAUUCACCGCUGGUUGCACUAUUUGAUCAUUAUUACUGCUUUCAACACCCUCGUAUCCCAGCAUCUGUCUGCAUUGUUUAUUGCCUUGAGAUUAAACUUAAGCUAAUUUUAAAUGUAAAGAAAUCAAUGUUUGUUUUCUGUUGUUAUAAUUUAUUUGAUCAUAAUGUUUUUCUUCAAACCUUCUCUUGAACAUAGAAAAAAACAAAACACUUUGCUGAAUUUUCUCACAUUUUUAUUUUUAAUUCAUCACACCUGGUUGUAAUUGCAUGAAAUAGAUGCAAUAAAACCAAACUGAAAAAUAAUUGUAUAUUUUUUGGUCUGAAUACCUUCUGGGAGUUUGGUUAAAAAUUUUUAAAAUUCAAAUAAUUUCAAAACCUGUUUUUUUUUUUUUGUUUAAAAAUGGAAAAUAAGAAUUCAAGAUGAUUUUUAGAUUUUUGUUUGUUCGUCUAAAAAAAAUAUGACUUAACAGCACUAAUCUUUUCUCACAUGUUGGACAGAGAAUUAGUAGCUGGAUUCUGACUCCUUUACUAAUAUACAGGGUUAAGAUAUAUAUUCCAAAAUAUCAUUUGUAACUCUUAAUACUCCCGGGAUUAUAUCUAACACUCUGUUUUACAUAUGAAUCUUUAACUUUUUUUUAUCUUUUUUUUUAUGCUGCAGCUGUAUUCUGAUUAUCAAAAGAUUACAGAAGAACGUAGUGCACUUAGACACAUUUCAAAUUGUAAACUGUACAUUUAAUGUAUUCUGUUACCCUCCUGUCCACGUAAAGUCACUUUUCACUUCGUUUUCAUUAGUUUUUCUAAACUUAUUUGUAGGGCGAUGCCAAGAAGAAAUUAGUUUUUUAGUGCUGCCACAAUAUGCAAAUUAAAUAUUCAAGCUUGAAAAGGUUUUUUUUAUUUUUUUAUUUUUAUUUUAAUACCAAUUGAAGAAAAAACAAAAAAUCAAGCUGAAUUAAAUUUUUUUUGAAUUCCCAUUUUCCCCCCCACAAAAAAAUACAGUGUGUAACCAAAAAACUUUCAUCAGUUUGGUUUUAGUGGAUUUUCGAUUGGAACAAAGUGUGAUGGAAUUUUUUUUUUUUUAAAACUGGCCUAUGAGAUUUUUUGUUUGUUUCAAGAGGGUCGAAAAUGUGAUUAAUGGUUUGUGCAUUUUUCCAUUUUUUUCAAGGUACACAUAGCUGACUAAAUUGCUGCCAGGAUCAAAUGAUAACCUUACAUCAUUGUCCCAUUAUUCCAUCUAUUCCUUUUUCCUUUUUUAACAAAAAAAAAAAAAAAAAAAAAACUAAUUCCCAAAGGACAGAUAUGCAUCUUUAUUUUAUAGACUGUGUAGAGGUAUUUUUUAGAAAUGGUCAAAUAAAGAAAUAUAUACAUUUUAAUGUUUUUAUAUUAAUAAAAGAGAGAAAAAAAAAUCUAAUAUCAUCUCUCCUCCUUUACUCCAGCUGCAGAAGCAUCAAAUAAAUUGCAAAGAAAUAUACACGUAAUUAAUGUUUAAAGAUCUCAGGCAUGCAAAAUAAUCUAGAUAUUUUUGAGAAACUAUAUCUGCAACAUAAAAAUACAAAUGCCUCAUAUAAAUGAGUCAGUGUAUUGGCGGCAAAUGUUUCUCGAUGAAAGCAGUAGGUUACAGUCCAUGGUAAAUUGAUUCUUUAUUUCACCUGUAUAUCUGCUGUAAGGCAUGCUAGAAUUAAAAUGAUUUAUCAUUUCUAUGAUUUUCAAUGAAGCAAGAAUUUGAGUUUCUCUCUGCACGUGUUAAAACCAUUAUUAUUUCUGGUUUAAAAAGAAAAAAGGAAUUGACACAAAUGUACAAGGACCACAGGAUGCUAACAGGUUAAGCUAUUUAGUUAGUUAGUGCAGGCUGUUCUCAAAAUUCAGUGAGAUUUAAAUCGAAUGAGUGAUGGAAACACUAUUUUUGUAAUGACUUUCAAAAAUAUGAGAAGCUUUAGCACUUUCAGGCUUGAGUUUAAUACUGUAGUGUUACAUUAUUUUGUGUGAAUAAUUGAAUUUUUAUUUUCCAUGAAUGCACAUGCAAAGUGUUGUAGGUGUAAAACGCCCCUACCCCCCCGGAUUACCUGGUUUGAUCACAUUAAGUUCUCUAGUUCCUUGUUUUGAUGCUCCAGUCUUAAAAAUUUCAAAAAAUGUUUCAGUUUCCUAAAUGCAGCUCCAAAGAGUUUUCUUUUAGUGAUUUCAUGAUCUUUUUGUAUUAUUUAUUUAAUGAACUUUGUAAACUGUUUGUGUGAAGAUGUUCUAGAUAUGUUAGGAUGUAUAGACUCAAUGACAAGCAGAUGCUAAAUGGCAUCAUUGAUAUUACAUGAGCUUUUUGAAUCUCAAACAUUUCACAUUUAUCAAAUAUUCUGAAUAUUUUGGAAUUUCCUAUAAGCGACUUUAUAAUCUAGAAAAAGGUCUAAAAUUGAUAUUCCAGAAUGUGACACUAAAAUGAUACUACAGAAACUGAGUAAUUUCUAGGUGUAAUGGUCCAUUUGGAUGCUUAAAUCUAUAUUUAGUAUAAAUUGGUAAACACUUUAUCAGGGUUAUUUAUUUUGGCAUUUUUUGUAUAUUUGAAUUUGAAAUAUCUUUUGGUUGUGUAAUCUGAACUCUAUCAUGAAACAUGUGCAAAUAUUUCAUCUUGACAUGCAGUGUUUUAUCCUGAAAAGCACUUUUCACAUUGCAAAAUGCCUUUAAUGUAAAAUUCCUUGUUUUUUGGACAUCCGUUUUGUACAUUUCUAUGUCAUCUAAUUCCUCUGUUAAAUGUAACACUGAUGUCUGUAAAUAUAUUGAGAGAUUAACCAGGUUUGAAUAAAAUACACUUGCAUACUGAA